AUGAUCUCCGACGGCGAUCUCUAUCGUCUUGCCAUCUUCCUUGGCUCGUGUGCCAUGAUGAUGAUUGUCCUCUACCACUUCCUCGACGUCAACGCCCGCGAUGAUGAGGAGACCACCGUUCCAAAGCAAACCAAGAACACCACGACAUCCACCGUACCAUCAGACAACUCCAGCGAAACCCCGUCGUCGACCGCGAAGGCGAAAUAA